GUGUAGUACAGCGGCAUUUUAAAAUCAGAAAGAUGCAUUCAAGAUCUCGAGAAAUGUUGCAAAAUAUUUUAGUUGGUAAAUGAGCACGUCGCCUUUAAUUUGUUAUGCCGUAACUAUAUGUUGUAGUACACUUUAAAAACUUGCCAUAAGAAAUAAAUAACACUCUGCUGUUCAGGUAAUGUUUAUAAAUUACAGCUAAACCAUAUGCAUAUCUUGAAUGCGACUUCAUCUUGACAGCUGAGAUAACGAUGGUGACCAUAGGUAAGCGUCCAACAAGCCUAUUUAUCGUUUUCAGUCGUAUCCGUCGAUGUGAAAAGCUUUUCUCUUUGCUCUUGCAUCAAAUUAAACUUGAGUCUCUUUCGUCUUGAGCAUGAAUAACGCAGAAGUCACUCAAAAAUAACUUACAUUUUAGCGCUAAUGCUAAGGAAGUAAGCUCACCCUACAUGACAAUCGGUACUUGUACCUCAGGUUCUGAAAGUGCUUUCUGGCUGUUACAACAGUUGUAUCGGGUACUGGUUUGUUAACAGUGGCUGAAUUCAUCCUAUAACAAUAUUAGUUGCAUAUGAAAUGUCAUGUAUUGGCUGUAUGUGAUUUUGAUGUGUUCCAGUGGAGCUGCUCAGUCUCAUGCUGGUCUCAGCUCUGUGGGGCUGCACAAACCCACUCCUGAAGAGAGGCACAGAGGGGAUAGAAAAGGUGACCAAGACCAGCAGAGUCUCACAGCUUCUGGCUGAGAUCAAGUUUCUAUUCCUAAACCUCAAGGUAAGUUCUGCUCUUUUUUGAGGUGGUUUUCAUUCAACCAUUAUUUCUACAAACUUUUGCUCAAAAUGCACCUGCUUCCUUUUGCCAUUUCACAGUACCUGGUCCCAUUUCUUCUCAACCAAAGUGGCUCAUUGGUCUACUAUUAUACACUCUCGACUACGGGUAAGACACACUCAAAAGGAAGGUACAGGUUGUAAUUCAAGUCAAAAGACCUUUUCAAAGCUGAUAUUUGAAUCCAUCACAGCACAAUCAGCACAGGUGUGGCAGAUAGCAUAAAUGAUUAAAUCAAAAGUGCCUCCACGCAUGGUUCUUCAGGCUCUGAAGAGUCCCACCAAAACUGUGAAACAGCAAACACUUAGGCAGGGAUUUUUCCUGCUCUGAAAACAAACUGCAGAGCUGUUUGACCUGCUUGCUUACAGAAGUGGCGCACAUUUGUUUUGUGUGAAGCAAUGCACCCCAAGAAUUUAAAGUGUUUCUGUAAUAAAAAUGUUGAUAUGUGAGAAGGAAAUCUUUUAAAGUCAACAAAUUUAGAAAUUAUUCUGCACAGCUUUCUUAAAUAUGUAACUAUUUACUAAACAUGUACUGAUAAAACGUCUGGCCGAUCGAUCGGCGCUGAUUUUCUUAAAUUUUGGGGGACCGGUGAUCGGCUGAUCCUUACAUAUGAAACCGAUUUUAUCCACCGACCUUAUCUACCUCAGCAAAGGUCUGAAAGUCAGCCGUUGUAGCUUUUUGCUUUGCCAGAAUUACAGGCCCGCCCACCAGGUCAUGUGUGCAUGCACGUGUACGUCAGUGCCAGUGGCACACACAACAGUCAGCCGGAGCAUGAUCAACCAAGCAUGUUGAACCAUAGACUGUAUAUACUAUGGACAACUUGGUUCUGUCUCCCACCUGUAUAUGGAUUUGAAGCCAAAAAGCUCUCUGUAUUUCCGGGAUUUUUCUUCAUUUCCUGAAACCAGCGCUGCGCAGUAGCGUUGUGCGCAUUCAGCGAGAGAGUCGCUGUGAUGACGCUCGCCUCACACAGCGUAUCCCCCAGGUGAGCUACGCAAUCCCUGAACACCAAUAGGCUGUAUCAGGUGUCAAUUUAGGACAGUUUAUUGGUGGUUUAAGUUGUGUUGUUAGUUUGUCCUGUAGAUUAUUAUUUUACCUACUUCCUCAAACCAUGUGAUUUCCUUUAUUUGUAAAAGCAAAAUACUGCUGUGCACUUCAUUUUGGUAAGAGGCUCAAAACAGGCCUGCAGUGUGACCUGCUGCACAAGUAUUGUAAUUUUUAAAAUGUGGAAAAUAAAAAAUUAAAGGAACUGAUAUAAUUUAGUCGUUUGGACAGCAAUAUUCUGAAUUUUUCAUUUAUAUUUGAGAGAGCUACCUCAUGUGCAGUUAAAACAAACACAAAAUGUUUGUAUUGUUUCACAAGUAUUGUUCAAUGUUUUUCAUUAAAAUAAGAUUGGAGCAUUGAAAGUGUUUGUUGUCAAUUAUAAAAAUAAAAAAAAAUCAGUAUCGGCCAAAAUCGUUACCAGCAGGUCAAGCUUUUCAAAGAUGAUCAGCCAGAAAAUUUUGUUUUAUUUUUAAGAACCAUUAUUUCUUAUUAGUAUUGCAAUUAACACUUCUUGCCAAUUAGCACUGUUACACACCCUAUUUUUUAAUGCUCUCUUUUUUUCAGAGUUAUCGUUUGCUGUUCCUGUGGCUAACUCUCUCACCUUCCUCUGCACUCUGCUUACUGGCAAGUUACUAGGAGAAGAGUUUGGUGGCAAACGUAAGUGACUCAUUGACUCUUAUUCCUGCUUCUUUUUCAGUACCAGAGCAGUUCACAGUGUGCAGUUUCCCACAGAAUAUAUUUAGGAUGCUAAGAUGCUGUAGGAUCAAACAUUAGGCUACUGGAAUAAGAUGAAGGAUUCAGUUAAAAGCAAAUAAAAGAAGCAGGACAAUUUUGAACAUUGCAGACCUGCCAAGAUAUCAUGAAGCAGUUUACCUCCCCCUGUGCUUUUCUCUACUAAAAACACUGUACUGGUUGUGUUCUAUCUUACAAGAUGUGCUUUUUUUGUCUUUCGUAUCCUCCUUCACAUGUCUCACUCUCUGCAGAGGCAGUUGCAGGAAUGUUUCUCACCAUGGCUGGCAUCACUCUGUGUGUCAUAAGCUCCAUUGAUGACACAGAGAAGCAGAAAACCACCCAGGCUGCAAGCUAACAGAGACUAGGAUUUAAGUGAAAUUCUCCAGUUUCUUAAAGUUUUUCCAAAAGCCUUGCUGGAACAGGAAAAAGAGAGUGCAAUUUAGAUUCAGACAGAGACCCCUUGGAGCUAUGGUUCGAGUGGGAGAGCUGUGCCUAAAUGAACCCAGUGUGCACUUUAACAGACCUGUCCAGAAUCCCUUUCAGCUCCUUGAAGAAGGGAAAGUGGGUUCAUGCAGGGUUCACAACAAGGCCAGACAAGAUUUACGGUGCUUGAAUAGAAGUUGCUGGUUGUUAACUUUUACCUUUAAAAGGCCCUGUUGGCUCAGCAUGUGACUGGAAUCUGCAUAAAUGCUAUAGAGACAGCAAACAAACGGUCUGAAAAAGGCACUAUUAGCUGUGACUCCUUGGUUUAACUGCAGCAUUUCACUGUGGCCGUAUUUUGUGUGUUAAGGGAAGAGUGUGACAAAUUACUGUAUAGUUUGGACAUAAAGGUUUUUUGUGUUUUUUAUGUGUCCGUUUUUCUUCCCUUUCUUUUCUGCUUCCUUGUAUACUAUAUCAGACUUGUCCUUAUAAUACUUGUGUUUUUAUUAUUUAUAUAUUUACAAAGAUUAAAAAUGACUUGCCUUGAUUUUGUGGACACUGUAAAAUGUCUAAACAGAUUGCACAGAUUUUAGAAAUAACACAUCAUAGUCAGAGUAAUUUAGCUUUUUUGCCACUCAAAACACUGUACAGACAAUUUUGUUGUUCCAGGUUCUAGUGGUUGAAUACAGUUUAUUGGCAAAGAAAAAUCCUUCUGUCUUGAUUUUAGACUUUCAUUUCUACAAAUAAAACACAUCUUAGCUUCAGACAUCCCAAAUUAUAGGUCCUUAUGUACAUAUCUUACAGUAUACAUGGAAUAAAUCAUCUCAUUCAACAUCUGCUUUAUAAUAACUUCCCUGUUAAAGCUCCUAUAAGGAACUUUAUUUUUAUUAAUUUUGGCGCCCCCUGUGGACAAAGCAGUCUUUUCUUAUCUAGUCUUCUGAGAACAAUCUCAUCACUCUGACUUUUGACAGUCAAACGUAUCACUUAUGAUGAAUAAUGUGGAGAAUGUAUAAUUAGGGCUGACACCUACCCUCUCACACUGGUUGCAUGUAUUAAAAAUCACAAUAUAGAAAUUAUUAAUGUUGUUGCUGAUGGUUCUGUUUUUUGUGUGUCAUUAAAAACCAUCAAUAUGCAAAACAUCCUUGCCAGAGGACGGUCAGAGAAUCUCACUUCAUUGCCCAACUAUGAUGAUGGUAUUGUUAUGCCGUAACUGAUGGGUUAUCCUUUGGACCCUCCUGUUGCAGAAAAAUAAUCAGAAAUUAAUAAAAGAAAUUAAAAUAAAGGGUGUUUUGCAUCUGCUUUGGUUAUUUUAUUGGAUUUUUCCCUGGGAGGUAGAUGAUGAAGGCCGCAGGUCAGGAGACAUCUGCUUCAGUUCAGGCUCCUUUAGGGACAAGAACUAUAGAUUACUCACUUUUAGUUUGUUCAGGACUGCCGAAUUUAAGCGUUUUUCUUCUUCUUCUGUAUAGGUGUGUUUACUGUACCUCCACUGUUUCAGCAGACUCUUCAGUCCUUGUUGAAUUUUCUGUCUGUUUCACACCAUCUUGCCCAGAUGACGGUGCCUUUUGUAGGACAAAAAUAUCACACUGAGCCCGUUUGUAAAUAAAGGGAUAACUGAACCUUUUCAUGAGGACAAGUGUAUUGUGAUUAUGUAAAUGUAACCACCCACCCGCCUAAACGGUACCUGCUCUCCAUUCUGCCUGCGUGGGUGUUCCCCCUCAUUGUGCCGCUCACUUUUUUGUGAUUUGUGAGUCUCUUGACAAAACAUGUUUUGUGUUGCGUAAAUGCAGGAUAUAGUAUAUGGAUUUGUGAUAGAAAUAGAUUGGAAAAUGUGCCCAUGUGUGUAUACUUAAACAGCUAAAGGGUCUGCAAUGUACAAAAACAAAUGUCUUAUUCGGACUAUUGUGGUCCCAAAGAUCCGUCUCUAGGAAUAAAUCAUUUUUAUAAGUUCAGUGUUUGAUCUGAGCAUGAACAUUUAUACCUGAAAGCCUAAACGGGAAGGACUGAUUCACCUGGGCCAUGACAAACAAUUGCUACCUACCUGGUUUGUGUUUUGGAAAGGAACAUCUUGGUUGUUUAUCUCCUCAUCCUCCACUAUUUCUGCAACUCGCUUCAAAAGGAAAAUGAGAGGCAGUUUUAUCUCUGCUCUGGACAUGUGUUUUCAUGCUGUUACUUUACCACCAACAUUUCAGUAGCACUUACCUGGUCAACAGGAAGCUCUAUAGCUGUAUUUUCAUCCUCAUGGACCUCCUCAGCCCCUCGUACCUCUUCUCUUUUCUUCCUUCCUGCUCUCUGAAGCAAAGUGGCCCGAACUGUAACUGUGAAUCAAGCAGCUGAUUUUGUUUUGAUGUUUAACACAAAAUAAAAAUAAUGGUGACUAGGAGGAGGGAAAAAAAGAUUGAUAUGAUACAUGGGGACACUCACAGGAUCCAUUCCUGAGUGGUGGUCUUGGUGGUCCUCUGUUAUAGCGGAUCUUCACGGGCCUAGCGAAGAACAUGGAGGUCUCAUCUGCUGCGUCUCUCCUGUUCCUUUGCCGCUGUGUGGCGACUGGAGCUGCUGCUUCAUCUCCUGUUGACUUCACUCUGCGGCCGUCCAACUGAAAUUCAUGGAACAUGAUUGAAUACAGAGGUUUCGAUGUGGUUUCAUGUACUGAAAGAGUCGAAUCUAACCCUUUAAUGCCUUUUGUAUCAUGUUUGAUACAUACUUCCAUGUACUUCUAUCAAAUCAAUAUAAUCAACAAAUUACAAAAAAAACCCCACCUGAAUACAGUCAAAUAAAUGAUAAAAAUGUCCUCUCGUAGUUUUUCAGUUUCCAAAAACAUCUAAUGUAUCAAACGAGAUAAAUAAAUAUAUUUGUUAAAUCUAAAGACAUUUUGAUUUUUUUGGUUUUCAGUAGUAAGUGAAAUAAACAUUUCAGCUCCAAAAAAAAAUUUGAAUUUUCUGGCCAUAAUUUGUGGUGUCAGGCGUUAAAGGGCUAAAGAGGUUUUCUCAGUGGUAUACUGAAUGCGUUAGGCUGUAAACAUUAAUCCAGUUAACAGUCCUGGUAUAGCUCCUGUAGUGUAAAUAAAAGAUUGGGUUUCUCACCUCAGGGGAGUCAAGGAGAGCCGAGUCACUGUACUGGUCCUCUGGACCGCUCCCCGCUUUUCUGUUCUAUGAGACGCAAACAAAUCACAAACAUGGCACAUGAAUCAUGUGGUGUGAUUCAAUAAAAUACAAAAUGAUCCAAUUUGUUCAAGAUGCCAAACCACUCAUGAUAAGAUGGAUUCAGUGAAUUAUGAUUUAAUCAUGGAGCAAAUCUACAUAAACUGAUGACUUAAUAGUUGUACACAAGAGUUUAAAAAUUACCUCAUUUCUUCUUAACAGCCGUCUCUUUCCUGGGUGAUAUCUACACAUAAAAAAGUACAGAGUAUUUUUUUCCUGGUAUUGCUUCAUUAUUAUUUAUAAUUCUUUUUUUUUACUAAAGAACAUCUUAGUCACUACAGCUGCACAAAAGGAGACUUUUUCACACACCAACAAAAGAGGACCUUGCAAAACAAUACCUCUCAGUCGCUUUUGAAACCAACAGCUCCACAUAUGGAAGUUUCUUGAACUUUUCAGUUCCCACGGCAACAUAGCAGUGGCCAGUCUCCAGCUCUGCAGCUGAGGCCACAGUCACUCCUUCAAGAGUGCACAACCUGAGAGAGCAGAAGGGUGAAAGGGGGCAUUUACUGGGUCUCACUCUCUUUCUAUUUGUAUUCCUCAAAGCGUAUGUGUGCAGCUGUGUCACUGACCUACGAACAGCUCCAGUUCGUAAGCUGACCUUCUCUGUGACCAGACUGAGUAUCUGCUCGAGGUCCUGCCGCAUAGUCCGGGGGAUGAUGAAUCGGAAGGGUGGACACAAGAGAUCCCCAUUACGGAAUACACUGAUCAGAAAGUAAACAUCCACAUUUUUAAUUUUUAGCUUUGAAAAAUAAGAAUCAAAGCUUGAAAGAUAAUAAUUAUCGACAUAAUCUAUAUGCACUGAUGAUUAAUGUUUGUGUUCUGAAAGAGUGUGUCCGACUCACUGUAAGAUGCAAGGGACAGGUAAAAAUUUCCUCCAUUUAGCAGAAACAUUUGGUCUCUGCAGAGCUUUUCCCUGUAGAAAGAUUUAGAAAAUAACCAUAAAAGUGCUGUGAAACACUUUCAGUUUUGCAGCAAUACUGACAACUCCUAUACAUAAAUUAGAAAAUACAUCCAUCACUGCAAAAUCACUUAUGUCCAAUGCCUAAUGACUGAUCAACCAUUCUGCUCGUGUCAGCUCAAGUGCCACAGCUAUGGAAACUGAUGUUACUCUGAGACAUCUUUGGUGGCACAUUCACACACCCCUAUCUCAAAGCCUUCACCUAUGCUGUCUUGUAUCAAUAAAAUCUGGAGCCGAUAUCUGAUCCCAAAAUGACUAAAUCUAAAAGCAGACAUUAAAAAUCAUCCCUUAUUGUUUCACUUUUAAUCAUCAGACGUUGGAUGUAUUUACAGCAAUCUCUCGGGGGUUGAAUAUGGGUGUCAGGCCUGCCCAGACAUGCACCAAACUCUGAUAACGCUGCACACUGGCAGAGGCUUAUGUUUCACUUCUGGGAUCAAACACAAGCACAUAUGGGCACACUUCCUGCGUCGCUCCACAGCAACCACAACACAAAGCAUGUAAGACUUAAAAACCAAGGACCGCACUUUCCAAGUGGCAGACACCCAAGGCACAUACGAUUACUCUCCACUCAUGUUUCAGAACUAACACUGAAGACUCAGGACUUAAGAGCACACUGUGUCUGAAAACCAAGCAGUGCUUUCCUGCCAGGUGGUCAGAAUACAAAGUGUACACUUGUCAACAUGAGUGGCUGUGUGUGUGUGUAACUGCUGUAACUACUGAAAUAAAUGUGUGGCAGUUAGGAGAACAUUUCAUCAUCACCACAACCUGUUUUAUUUUUAUGUAAAGACGAAGAUUUAACACCAACAACCUCAGAUGUGUUCACAAACAUAGAAACAGAGGGAAUCUCGGACUCAAUCCAGCUUUAAAUACUCAAUCUUAUGUCUCAUGAAGACUCCUGAAAUAGCACAAAGCACAGCUAGGGUGACUGCUGGAUGGACAGCACAGUGGCGUGUGAUCAUCCCAUUAUUUGAAGUAUUUAACAUCACAGUUAGUGGCAUCAGCAGGAUGGCAAGCACAAAAAUAGACUCUGCACACAUGCCACAAUGUACAUCUGAAUGAAAUAUGCUUAUAAUGCAAUAUGUUACUACAUUAAUGGGCUUUUCUCUGUAACGGCAUAUUUGACUUGGCAUGGAUCUACUUGAUUUUAGUUCAGCCUGCAUGGUGGUGCAUUCUUUCCAGUUAGACUUGGAUUAAUGAAUGAUGGACUCUGCUGUUGGUCUAAAAAAACAAGCUGUUGACUCUAGGGCCUACCUGGAUAUCCUCUCGAGGCACUGGCUUUUUCACUCCUGUGUUCAGGUAACUAAACACAAAAAUCACAUAUUUCAUUAAAAAAUGGGUAACACUUUACAAUAACCAAAAUUUAUAAAUGGUAAAUAGAUAGCAAUGAAACUAUGAUUAAUUAUUUUCAUUAAUUAUUAAUGGACUAUUUAUUAAAGGUUUAUAUAGGGUUUAAAUAUUGGUUGUAAAAUGUCUAGAUUACAAUGUGUGUCAGUAGCACCUUGUAAAUGGUUAAUAUUUAGUUUUUAAACAAUCUAUAAACAUUAUUGAGAUUGUUAUUAAGUUGUAACUGAAGCGGGUCCCGGCUAGGCCGCUAGCCGAUAGAUAAUCCUGGACAGGAGUGCUGGAAACAAGGAAGAGUAAAGUGAAACAGGACCAGGACUGCUCAUUCUCCAAGUCCAACGGAUUUUGUUCAUUCUCACAUUUUUAACCUUUUCACUGCAACAAUAAAUUAAAUCUGUUAUUCUGUCUGCAUUAAAGCACUGGUAUAAACCAUAUUUGGAUAACAUUCUCAUGAAAUGUAUAUUUUUCUCAGUCUUCAAGAAAUAAACUCAAUAACAUGAACAAUUUCCUUUGCCCCCCCCCCCCCCCCCCCAGCAAUAAACCAAAAGUGACUUCAGAGGAGAUAAAACAAUAAUAAUAACUCUACAAAAACACUUUUGUGAGUAUCACAUAACUGAUGUUUGUAAUACUUUGUGAAUAAUUAAUAGGUGGUUUGUAAACCACCAAUAAACAUUACUUAGAUGGUUCUCGUAAAGUUAGGGUUAGGGUCAGGUUUUUAAAACUGUCAAAUUUACAAUUUAUUAAUGGUCUAUAUGCUAAUUAUAUUACCAUUUAUAAAUGUUCUAUUUACCAUUUAUAAGUUAUGGUUAUUGUAAAGUGUUACCGAAAAUGCUAGUAGAAGUACUAUACAUGAACAUAAUCCCUAGUUUUACAGGUUUUUGUACUCACUCUAGUUUCUUAAACCUCUCAAAGCCAGCUGCGACAUACUGGGCUCCAGUCUGCAGGUCCUGCAGGUCUGUGACCCUGUGGCCCUGUCUGGGGGUGUACAGAGUCCUGAUGGCAAGCGGGGCACCAAUGCUCUGAGUCACUUCAUUCAGAAAGGCCUCCAUAGUGGCCACCUGUCGCUGGUUCACCACAAACCUACGCCCAUUGUAGAAAGGGUCUCCAUUCCUGUAGACCACCACGCUCUUCACUGGAGGCAGGACGGUUGUAGCUGCUGUGCUGACAGCCAUCUCUGAGCCAGCUUUUACUGUCAGAUUCCACACACAUACAAACACAAACACACUUUCAGACCCUGGAGGGUGUCUCCUAUGAUCCUAUUCACAUUACACAUAAUCUGGGUCACACUUCACACAAGUUCUAUGAUUUUUGGACUCACUCACAGCCGGUUCCCGCUGGAAGACGAUGUGAAGAAAAUAAAUCGUAGGUGAAAAUCGAUCCCGUCUGUUGUUGUGGUCCGUCUGAACUCCCACUCAACACGUUCUGCUCUCUCUAUCGCCCUCAAACACAUACACACUUAUUAUACGAAGACACUCCACUCCACUGACGGCGGUGAGCAUUUCCUGGUUGCCAUGGCAGCGUGACAGCAAUGACGGGCUUUGUGGGCCAAACCAUCGGCAGCAACCAAAACAAAAGAGACAGGGACAGCGGACAGGAGAAUGGAUGUAAGCUGAAUCAGUAAGAUAAAUCCGAUUGUCAGUAAUUUUUUUAAGACUUAAUUGUAACAUCUGCCCAUAGAGUUACAAAACAAAGAUCAGGAUGUACCAUGACUAAAAUUGCCCAUUAAUGACAUUUCAACAAUUACAAAGAAUAUCAGGAGCAGCCUGUGCCUUCAAACUCAUCCUACUAUCCCAUGUGUACUGAUUUUUAACACAAGAAUACAACAGUAACUAAAUAAUAAACAUUUAUCUUAUAUUUGAUGGUAUGAGCUCAAAAACUGUGAUCCAUAUGGGAUAUUUAAGCUUCAUAGACAUACAACCCAAACUUGUUUAAAGCAAAGGACCUUCCCCUAAAUCCUUAUGAAUAAGUCUUCCACCCGAAUGUGGCAAGGGGGUGCUAUUUUAUUCAAAAAUAGAGAAUAUUGUCUCCAACCAGCAACGCCACCUGGGGACUUGCACCCCAGGAAACUGUACUUUUAAACUAAAACCAUAACAGGAAGCUAAAAUAAGAAUAAGGCAACACAGGUAAGUUCUGAAGAGGCAGAGACAGAGUUCAAAAUAUUUCAAAAUGUUUAUUAGAUCAAAAAAUGAAGUUCAACUUAAAUAUAACUGAGAAAUUUAACCUAGGAGGGAAAGAAAGGGAUGAAGUUAAAACAACAUAACAAAACACAGAUAAGGGGCAAGAAAGUUAAUUUUAUUUCUAUAAUAAAAUUUAAAACAAGGCCUUCUACAAAAGUUAAAAAGUACAAUAACCCCAACUUAAACUAAAUCAAAGAAACCCAAACUAAGUUAACUUAAGAUAAGCUGAGGCCACCAGAAGGGAGGCAGACUACAGAGGGAAAGUGCAGGGGGGUGCUCCCUUAUACUCACCAAGUGAAGCACAGCACACCCACUGCAAACCUUCAACAAAAGAAACAAAAUCGGUGUAGUCUUGUGACCCGGUGUCAAACUCAUGCAAAGGUGGAGGGCCCUCACCCGGGGUGCCUAGCCUCCCAAACUAGUGGGCUCAACCUCUGAAAUAAAAUAAAAGGAUUAACCAAAGAAACAAACAAACAAACCAGCGAACCCAGUUGGUAAAACUAGAGGGAACUAAGGAGAAAAGCAACUAAGGGUAACUAAGAACAGAAUGCAAACUAAUGGGGGAGUAACUGUGUAAAACAACCAAACUUAGAAGUAGAAACAAACCAAGUAAGGGGGGAAACCAAUCAAAAGGGCAGAAACAAUCAAAGUAAACAGGCAAAAAUAACUACAAUUAAUGGGGGCAACAAAACAGCAGCAGGUCUACCACCUACAAACAAAAAGGACAUGCUGUUAAAAGCAAUCAUAAAACUCUAAAGAUUAAAAAGUUACCAGCCACCCUACUCACCAGCUCUCUGAGCAGAUCAGAGGGCCGACUGCAGGUGAGCUGCUGCCUUUUGUUCAGCUGACCUGAUUAGGGGAAGAGAGGGGUUAGAGGAGGAGGGAGAGCUGCAUUCAAUAGCAGCAAGGUGCUGCCUGCCACACAAACAACAAAUACAGUGUAAAUAUAUCACAAUUAAAACUACAAGGACAACAACAGUGAAAGUAAAUGGGAGCCUUUUUUAAUAGAAAAAAUAAAAUUUAUUAAUUAUUUUUAGGAACAAAUAAUACACGCUAUACAGGAUUCCUCAAACUCAUCCU